AUGUCCUUGUGGGUGGACAAAUAUCGGCCAACCAGCUUUGAUGGAUUGGAUUUCAAUUUGGAGUCUUCGGAUGUCUUGAAAAGGUUGACCUCCAAUAACGACUUCCCUCAUUUAUUGUUCCAUGGACCAGAUGGAGCAGGUAAAGAAACAAGAGUUCGAUGUGCACUUCGUCACAUUUAUGGAGAUGGGGCUUUACAAUUGAAAGCAACGCAACUUUCGUAUGAUACUCCGUCCAAAAAAGGAUUGACCAUCAGCGCUUUGGACAGCAAGUUUCAUAUCGAAAUUCGGCCGAGGUAAGCGGAAUUUUUUUGGUUGUUCUUGGUGUUUAGAUUGAUAGCAAAGUCCCGCGAGGCUAUGAAGGUUGUUUCCCGCAGUUUGUCAUAUUUCGGGUAUUAUACAUGAUAAAUUUUCAAUUUUUGUUGUUUGUAUUCCUUGAAAAAGUCUCAAUGAGGUGUAAAUGGUCUCAAAAGUUCGGUACGGGACUGCUCUCUCUUUUUAAUUGCAUUUUAUAUAAGUACGAUAACCAAUCUCAUAAAUGUUUCUCCUUAUUAUCAUGUGUAAUAUAGUUCUCCCCAUUUUCAGCGACGUCGGUAUUCACGAUCGAAUUGUUGUUCAAAAUGUGAUCAAAGACACUGCCAAACAGUUUCUCUCGGUUUCAGACAAGCCAUUCAAGGGUAAGAAGUUAUUUUUGGAUAUUGAAUCUUAUUUAUCCUAAGUUAAUAUACCUGAUUAUGAAUAAGACAGCAAUUCCAGUCGUGGUGGUCCAUGAAGCCGACAGGCUCUCGUUUGACGCCCAAUCUGCCCUGCGUCGGACCAUGGAGAAGCAUUCGAGUAGAUGCAAGAUCUUUUUGGUUUGCAUGCACAUCCACAAAAUGAUUGAGCCAUUGGUCAGCCGUUGUGUUCCAAUUAGGCUUAGCAGCCCGUCGAAGGAGGAGGUAAGGGAAUCUUAGAAGAUUUGAAAAUAAUUUUGUCUAGUUACAGAUAAGAAUAUAGAUUUUUGGAUAUUAUAGUAGGCAUAGAUAAAAAAAAAUAGUAUUUUUAUAUUUUUUUUGAAAAUUGAAGCUCAGUGCCUUGAAUGAGAAAGUAAAUGGUCUAAUAUACGUUUUUCAGGCUCAUUAUUAUUCAGAAUUCAUAGUUUUUAUAUUAUUUUAGCUCACACAGUUGGUCAAGAACGUCGCUCAGAAAGAAUGCUUCACUGUAACGGAUAAUUUCAUUCAUAGCUUAAUUGAAACCACUAAUUAUAAUGUCAGAACUACUCUUCUUGCAUUGGAAGCCACUGUUGAUAAAGGGUAACUUUUUGCUUUAUUUUUUUGCACUGUGCGGAAAUUUUUGUGGAUUUUGCACUGUGCAGUGGAUUUUUAGAAAAUUUUGCACUGUGCAGUGGAUUGUUAGUAGUUUUUUUAUUGAAAUUUGGUUUUAGAGGCAAAAACUACCUGUAUGACAAUUGUCGAAUUGUUCUUCCGGACUGGAGAGCUGCCAUAAUCGACAUUGCAAACCGAUUGCUGGACAAACGCCGAGUUGAAGAUGUUCAAGCUGUCCGUUCCCGAUUCUACGAUCUUAUCAACGCUCUAAUCCCACUCGAUAUUAUUUUUGAGGUAAGCUACUAUCUUUUUACAUUUUUUUCUUUGACUUUUAGACCAUAAACAGACCUAUUUUAGCAACUUUCCAUCGAAAUGAGCAAAAAAUUGGUGUCGGUGGAAGAAAAGUUGAUCCUUUAUGAUUCCGCCGCCAAAUUCCAACACAUGUCGAUCUCAGGAGACAAGCCCUUGUUAUAUUUGGAAGCAUUCGUCCUGGAUGUGCUAAGUAAAUUGUCAAAAACGAGUAAUUGA